UCUCCCAGCCUGUAAUGUUUGUUAAGUUUAAAAUUAAGCCAGGUAAUGAGAAUAUGGUUGACUGUGAUGGGAUGAUAAAUACAGGACUGAAGCGCACAGCACAUAACUGUGAUAUUUCACCAAUUGUUGAGAGUACUACAGACUGUGUUAUAACAUUCGCUAAAGACAAGAAGUUAGAUGUCGGAAAAUAUAUUGUGAAUGAACUCAAGGAGUACAUUUCAUCGUGUGCCCGACUUGCCUGGGGGAUGGUUGUACAAACACCGCCACUCACACUAGAAUAUGGCAAUAAACCUAAAUAUAUGCCAAAUCAACAUGAACUUUCUGGCAUCCAAAGGGAAUCCAUUACCAGUAGUACAGUCCUUACGUACAUAUGGCCUGUACUCAGAGAACAGGAUGGCGGUAGAGUGAUGUGUAAAGGUAUUUUGACACCGGAGCGAGCAAUCACAAAAAGGGGGACAUCUUUUUGGAAGUAGAUACCCUAUCCAGCUGCAUUAUCUCAUAGCUUG